CGCAGGACCCUAUCCCGCGGGCUCCGAGAACAGCGACCGCCGCUCUCCAGGCGCCUGCUGCAGUGGGUGGAUCCUGGGAGGCGCCAGCCGCUUCCCUCCCCUUCCCCUCUCCCUGCGGGCUCGGCGGUGAGGAGGCGCCUGAGCGCGACCGCAUCUUCCCUUGGCUCUCCGGGGCGGGAGGAGGAGCCGCCGCCGCCUCGGAGAAGGAAGGGGGACAGAAGCACAAAUCCAUAUGGAGGAUGAACCUCCUCCUCACGGAGUCAGCGCCAAGGCCUUGGAGGCAACACUUUUGUCAGCCCUGAAGAUGCUGGAUGUUGGGAAAUGGCCGAUUUUUUCUCUCUGCUCCCCAGAAGAGAUCAAAUUAAUUCGUCAAGCCUGUGUAUUUGGCAGUGCUGGUAAUGAAGUGUUGUAUGCAACUGAAAAUGAUGAGGUUUUUGUGCUUGGCAUGAACUGCAAUGGCUGUUUGGGAACAGGAGAUAUGCAGAGCACUAUAGUACCAAGGAGGUUAGAUUCACUGUGUGGAAAAAAGAUAGCCUGCCUGAGUUAUGGAAGUGGCCCUCAUGUCGUUCUUGCUACAGAAGAAGGAGAAGUGUAUGCAUGGGGUCAUAACGCUUACAGUCAGCUUGGCAAUGGUACAACAAAUCAUGGCUUCAUUCCCUGUCGAGUCUCUACUAACUUGGUGAACAAGAAAGUCAUUGAAGUUGCCUGUGGCUCUCACCACUCCAUGGUGUUAACCUCUGACGGAGAGGUAUACACAUGGGGUUAUAAUAACUCGGGCCAGGUUGGAUCUGGUUCAACAGCAAAUCAACCAAUUCCUCAAAGAGUUACCAGCUGCCUACAAAAUAAAAUAGUCAUUAAUAUAGCUUGUGGACAGAUGUGCUCUAUGGCUGUGGUGGAAAAUGGAGAGGUCUAUGUCUGGGGGUACAAUGGGAAUGGCCAACUGGGGCUGGGCAGCAGCAGCAACCAGCCCACGCCGUGCCGGAUCGCAGCCCUGCAGGGCGUUCGUGUGCAGCGGGUUGCCUGUGGCUAUGCACAUACGUUAGUGCUAACAGAUGAAGGUCAGAUAUAUGCCUGGGGAGCCAAUUCAUAUGGCCAGUUAGGUACUGGGAAUAAAAGUAACCAGUCUUACCCUACAACAGUUAUUGUGGAUGAGGACAGGGUUGUGGAGAUCGCCGCCUGCCACUCUGCGCACACGUCGGCGGCCAAGACGCAGAGUGGCCAGGUGUACAUGUGGGGCCAGUGCCGGGGGCAGUCCGUCACCUUCCCCCACCUCACCCACUUUGCCUGCACGGACGAUGUGUUCGCCUGCUUCGCCACCCCUGCUGUCAUGUGGCGCCUGCUCUCCGUAGAGCCUGAUGACCAUCUAACAGUAGCCCAGUCACUAGAGAAGGAAUUUGACAACCCUGAAACUGCAGACCUGAAGUUCCUAGUGGAUGGAAAACACAUUCAUGUUCAUAAAGUUCUUCUUAAAAUUAGGUGUGAACAUUUUCGCUCCAUACUCAAUAAUGAUGAUGAAAUUAUAGAAAUGAGUGAAUUUUCUUAUCCUGUUUACCGAGCCUUCCUGGAAUAUCUGUAUACAGACAACAUUAGGCUCCCUCCUGAAGAUGCAAUAGGGCUGCUAGAUUUGGCAACGCUGUAUAGAGAAAACAGACUGAAAAAGCUUUGCCAGCAAACGAUCAAACAAGGCAUUUCUGAAGAGAAUGCCAUUGCUCUCCUUUCUGCCACUGUCAAGUACGAAGCUCAGGACUUGGAAGAAUUUUGCUUCAGAUUUUGCAUAAACCAUUUGACUGCUGUUACACAAACUCAAGGCUUUGCAGACAUGGACCAUGACCUCCUAAAAAACUUCAUUAGCAGAGCCAGCAGAGUGGGAGCAUUCCGAAAUUGAGAUCUGACUACUACCAAGCUGAAGAGCACAUCCUCUUCCCUUCUGGAAAUACUUUUCCUUUGGAGAACUCCUCCAUGGUCAGAAUGUGCAGUGGUUUGGAAGGACAGUCUCGGUGCCCAUCACCUUAGGGAGUGUGUAGAAGUCCACUAACAUGUAGGCUUUGUUCUAAGGAUGGCUGCAGUGUGGGUGUGUGGUGACUGUUCAUUGCCAAAAGCCAGAAUUUAACACAAAAAUCUAAUGUAAUAACUACCCCUUCCUACUCAAAGUCAAGUAAACCAAGCUUGUCAUUA